AUGUCAUGGCCUUCCCACCGAUGUCACUUCAACGUCCACAAGGGCGACGGCCAGCGGCCGCUCUUCCCCUACGGCUACGGCCUCUUCUACAAGGAAAAACACCCUGACAAGGACCUGCAACUUCCCGACGUUGUCGAGCGCGACACGUGCGUCAAUCCGUGCAGUGAUCUACUCGGGGAAGACAACACCUGGGAGUCGCCCGACUGUGACUUGGGGCGAUCCUCAAAUGUCUAG